GUCCGGGAUCAGAUUAUAUCAUUAAAGGAUUAACUACCUAGAUUGCGAAUUUAACUAUUUAGUAUUAUCUAUUAUUAAUAUAUAUUUCAAGAACUACCUAUUUGUUUGUGAACAUGAAAAGUACAUAUUGAUUGGUCCCCUUCUACAUUCCCGAAAAUAAAAAUAUUAAAUUAUGCAUUUGUUUAUUACCGUUUUAGUUUAGUUUACAAACCGACAAGUGAAUUAGAUUAAAUUAUGAGUGCAUUAAAGUGUAUACUUAGCGAGAAAGGAAAGGAGCUUCUUAUAUAUAUAUAUAUAUAUAAAUAUCGUUUUCAUAAAGAACUAACUGGUGGUAUCAAACGUUGGGUGUGUUCGGUAAGUGGAAAUAAAAAGUGUACGACCCAUUUGAAGACAGAGGGGAAAACAAAUAUAAUUGCAGUUGUUGAUAACCAUAACCACCCGCCACUUGAUGAAAUUUUUUUUAACAGGAAUGAAGUGAGUAAUUCUUUGAAAAGAAAAGCUUCAGAAGAUUUAAGUGAGAUACCUUUAAAAUUCAUUCACCGAGAACUGAGGAAGGGAGAUGUCGAAACAUUGACUAAUUGCGAUGUCAAAUGUAUAAGAAACAAUAUAUACCACUCUCGAAGGAGCUUUCUACCAAAACUACCAACAACUCAACGAGAAGUUCACAACGUUCUUAAUUCCUAUCCUGUUAUGACAAAUCGGGGCGAAACUUUUCUUCUUAUAUUGUUCUCUGUGUAGUUUACAACACAGAAAACAAUAUAAUUAUUUUCUUAUCGAAAAGGAAUUUAGAGUUGUUGUGCAGUUUGAAAUCCAUAUAUGUGGAUGGGACAUUCAAUUACUGCACUAAAUUUUUUC